CUUUGAAAACAGUCCAUGUAGUCACCACAAGCAACAUAGUGCAAAAAUCAACAACAACAAAAAUAAAAGUUGGCAAUAACCAUGGUUGCAAUGGCAGCAGCAACAGCAUCAUCCCAGUUGAUUUUCUCAAAACCUUGUUCUUCCUCUCGUCUCUGCCCCUUCCAACUAUGUGUCUUUGACACCAAAUCAGUGCCAUCAAGUUCAAGUAGCAGGAGAAAGCAUGUGGGUGGCUCUGGAGUUAGAUGCAUGGCUGUGGGGGAAAAAGUUACAGAGACAAAGAAAAAAAGUGGAUAUGAGCUUCAAACUCUAACUAGCUGGUUGCUGAAGCAAGAACAAGCAGGAGUUAUUGAUGCUGAGCUCACUAUUGUACUGUCUAGUAUUUCCAUGGCAUGCAAACAGAUUGCUUCUUUGGUACAAAGAGCUAACAUUUCCAACCUCACAGGAGUUCAAGGAGCUGUAAAUGUUCAAGGGGAAGACCAGAAAAAGCUUGAUGUUGUCUCAAAUGAGGUUUUCUCAAACUGCUUGAGGUCAAGUGGGAGGACAGGAAUAAUAGCAUCAGAGGAAGAGGAUGUGCCAGUUGCAGUGGAAGAGAGUUACUCUGGCAACUACAUUGUAGUAUUUGAUCCACUUGAUGGGUCAUCCAAUAUUGAUGCUGCAGUGUCAACUGGGUCCAUUUUUGGGGUCUAUAGCCCCAACGAUGAGUGUCUUGCUGACAUUGGUGAUGACCCCACACUUGACACAACAGAACAAAGGUGCAUUGUGAAUGUGUGCCAACCGGGAAGCAACCUUCUUGCAUCUGGUUACUGCAUGUAUUCUAGCUCAGUAAUCUUUGUUAUCACACUUGGAAAAGGAGUAUUUGUAUUUACAUUGGAUCCAAUGUAUGGGGAAUUUGUUUUGACUCAGGAAAACCUCCAGAUACCUAAAUCAGGGAAAAUUUAUUCUUUCAAUGAAGGAAAUUAUCAGCUUUGGGAUGACCAAUUAAAGAAAUACAUUGAUAGUCUCAAAGACCCAGGUCCUAGUGGCAAGCCAUAUUCUGCUAGGUACAUUGGAAGCUUAGUAGGAGACUUCCACAGGACACUGCUAUAUGGUGGCAUUUAUGGAUAUCCUAGAGACAAGAAAAGCAAAAAUGGCAAGCUCAGGCUCCUCUAUGAGUGUGCUCCAAUGAGCUUCAUUGUAGAACAAGCUGGUGGAAAAGGUUCAGAUGGUUAUCAGAGAAUACUUGAUAUUCAACCUGAGGAAAUUCAUCAGCGUGUUCCACUGUACAUUGGGAGCACAGAGGAAGUGGAGAAGGUGGAAAAGUACUUGGCUUAAAUGAUAUGUUAAUGAAAAGAAAGUUGACUUGUUUAUGAAGAUUAUGCUCAACCGAAACUUCUGAAGCAAUACAGUCAAGUGGUUUUAAGGAAGAAGUCUUUUUGUUUUUUUGUAUUUUUCCCUUUAUCUUUCUUGGCAAAGAAUAAACUAAAAAGAGAAAAAAAAGAUUGCAAAGUUUCAGAUUAUUUUGGACAAGAAUUUUGUAUAGAAUUCCAAUUUAAUCAUGUUUCAACAUCACAACUCACCUAGCCUUCAUUAAAUGUCUGGUAUUGAUGUAUCAAAUUGGAUAUAAUUUGUCCAUUCAAGGCAUUAUUUGUGGCAGGAGAAGCAACAAGUCAGUAAAUUUCAAUACUCUUCAAAAUCACGUCAAAAGUCUCAAUGUAAAUGAAGUAUGCAUAUAGGUCUUAACUACACAG